UUAUGCCAUCUGUGGUGUAAAGUAUUUGUAAAGACGUAUACAAUGUUUUGAUACAAAAAAACAAAACAACUGAUCAUUAGAUGGAUUGACGGAUAAUGUGUUUUGUGUCUUGUAUUUGAUGAGUCAAUUGAUCCCAAAGUGUAACAAACAGUGCAUUGAUUGCAAUAGUCACCGGACAAGAGGUGAUCGCAAAUAUGAAUCCCAUAUACGGCUCAAACUACUCGUCGACAUCAGCGACGUCUACAACGACCUCCAACGUCGAGAUGCCAUUGAGUUCGGGUCAGAAUACGGACUGCUCGCUGACCACCGAUGACGAGGAUAGCGACCAGAAAUCGUCCAUCAGUUAUAAAGAGCGCAGACGUGAAGCUCAUACUCAGGCGGAACAGAAACGAAGAGAUGCCAUCAAAAGAGGUUAUGAAGAUUUACAACAUCUGGUGCCCACUUGUGCUCAACACGACUCCACCACAAGUUAUAAGCUCUCGAAGGCCACAAUUCUUCAGAGGUCUAUUGACUACAUUCAGAAGAUGUCCGAUGAUAUGCGCAAAGAGGAGAAGGAGUUGAAUCGUUUGCGUAAAGAAGUGGUCGGAUUACAGAUCAUGAAAGGCAACUAUGAAAAGAUGGUUAAACAACACCAACAGUCACAACCAGGUCUACAGACCAACCAAAUUACUGACGAGAAAAAGUUUGCUAUUUUUGUGUCCAUUUUUGAUCAAUUGUUCGAGUCUUUCGAUAAAUCUGUUGAAAUCAAUAAUUUCGAUAAAUUGAGUGAUUGUACCAUUCAUUGGAUUGAAGAGAAUUGUAAGCCACAGACACUGCAAGAGAUGGUCGUCCAUAUCAUGAGACAAAAAUUGUUAGACAAGUGAACUGACAUUUGGCCAACACUUGAAUCGAUAUACCAUUUGACCGCACAUUUUGUUUUGUCCGACCAUUUGUUUGGAUGGACUGUCAAUCAAUUACUUCAUUUAAAUACCAAUUCUUUAAAUGUGUUCACAACUAUUCAAUGCAUUAUUUUCUAAAUAUAAAACCUAUAAAAAUAUUUGUCUGAAAAUUGAAUUCAAAUAUUUCUUAAAUGACUUCACAUUAUUCUAAUUCUAUA